AGCGGCGGCGGGGACGGGCCGGGCUGGGACGGGCGGAGCGUCCUGAGGCUCCCGCAGCUCCCGCCGCCCCCGCACCAGGUCCCGCCGGCCGCAGACCGGGCCCCCGCCACCACCGGGCCAGGCACCGGCACCGGCACCAUGUCGGUGGCGGGGCUGAAGAAGCAGUUCUACAAAGCGACUCAGCUGGUCAGCGAGAAGGUCGGAGGGGCCGAAGGGACCAAGUUAGACGAUGACUUCAAGGAGAUGGAAAAGAAAGUGGACGUGACCAGCAAGGCUGUCACAGAAGUGCUGACCAGAACCAUCGAGUACCUCCAGCCCAACCCAGCUUCCAGAGCCAAGCUGACCAUGCUCAACACCAUGUCCAAGAUCCGGGGGCAGGUGAAGAACCCGGGGUACCCCCAGUCCGAGGGGCUGCUGGGGGAGUGCAUGAUCCGCUACGGGAAGGAGCUGGGAGAGGAUUCCAACUUCGGGGACGCUCUGCUCGACGCCGGUGAGUCCAUGAAGCGCCUGGCCGAGGUCAAGGACUCGCUGGACAUCGAAGUCAAACAGAACUUCAUUGAUCCCCUGCAGAACCUGUGUGACAAGGACCUGAAGGAGAUCCAGCACCAUCUCAAGAAGCUGGAAGGGAGGCGCCUGGACUUUGACUACAAGAAGAAGCGCCAGGGCAAGAUCCCGGACGAGGAGCUGCGACAGGCCAUGGAGAAGUUCCAGGAGUCCAAGGACGUGGCAGAGACCAGCAUGCACAACCUGCUGGAGACAGAUAUCGAGCAGGUGAGCCAGCUGUCAGCCCUGGUGGACGCACAGCUGGAUUACCACAGGCAGGCCGUGCAGAUCCUGGACGAGCUCGCCGAGAAGCUCAAGCGCAGGAUGAGGGAGGCCUCCUCACGUCCCAGGCGGGAAUACAAGCCCAAGCCCAGGGAGACGUACGACUUCAGGGAGAGCGACCAGUCCAACGGGGGCUUCCCCUGCAACCCCACCCCCAAAGCCUCAGCUUCUGCCUCUUUCCGGUCGGACAAGCCGUCCCGGGCCUCCGUCAGGAGCAUCCCCCCCCUGGACCAGCCCUGCUGCAAAGCCCUCUACGACUUCGAGCCCGAGAACGACGGCGAGCUGGGCUUCAAGGAGGGCGACAUCAUCACCCUGACCAACCAGAUCGACGAGAACUGGUACGAGGGGAUGAUCCACGGCCAGUCCGGCUUCUUCCCGCUCAACUACGUGGAAGUGCUGGUCCCGCUACCUCAGUGAGCCGGCGCCGCUCCGCCCCGAGUGUCCGAGCUCCAUUCCAGCUCCAGCCUCGCCCUCCCCGCCUCCCCUCGGGGCCAGGCGCUACCAGGGAACAAACCAGAAGGGUCCCACGGCCCCUUCCCCCGUCAAUUUGGCUCUUUUCUUUUUUUUUAUCUUUUUUUUUUUCGGGUUUUUUUUGUCCUUCUGGUGCUUGAACUUCGGUACUUUGCGUGCCCCUAACCCUGGCUGUGCUGCUGGCACUGCCCUGUCCCUGUCCUUGUCCUUGUCCCUGUCCCUCCCCAGUUCCCAUCUGUCCUUUGGGUCCAGCCCCCGGAUGAGGUGGGACAGCCGGGAUGUGUCUGGGACACAGCGGCCCUGGGGCAGCCCCAACCCCACCCUCCUGCCCCAGCCAACGCUGCCCCUGUCCCCAGGGAUCCCAGAGGGAUCAGGGGAGGGCAGCUGGGGCACAGCAACACUACAACACCCAGCGAACACUACGGCAGCCCUGCAGGGCAGGUGCUGAGCCUGGGGCCAUCCCCAGCUCUCAGAGCCAGCCCUGGGGCUCGGAGCCAUCCCUGGGGCUUGGGGUCAUCCCUGGCUCUCAGAGCCAUCCCUGGGGCUUGGGGCCAUCCCUGGGGCUUGGAGCCAUCCCUGGGGCUUGGGGCCAUCCCUGGGGUUUGGAGCCAUCCCUGGGGCUCGGAGCCAUCCCUGGCUCUCAGAGCCAUCCCUGGGGCUCGGAGCCAUCCCUGCCCAUCCUGAGGGACAGAAGGGAUGUUCCUUCUGCCCAUGGUUUUGUUUUUUUUUUUUUCUGGACCUCAGGCUUUUCCUGCUGCAAACUCUCCCAAGUCGGUCACACCUGCAUGGGGAGGAGCUGGGCCACACCCGGGGUGUGUCUGUGCUGGGGCAGAGCUUGUGGCUCCUCCUGUGGCUGGGGCUCACCUGGGCCUCAGGUGCCUUCCCUGUGCCCCCACCCUGCCCAGAGCCCCCCUCCCUGGGCUCACUGCACCCCUCUGCCCUGGACUGGAGGGAAAAGGGAUGGUUCAUCUCGGUGUCCCUUCUGCCACCCUUCCCCUCAGCUGUCCCUUUGCUGGCCAGGAGGUGGGGCUGGGGUUGGGUGGGGCUGCAGAGCAGCGCUCAGCUCCCUGCUUUUCCUUUCUGAAAUGGGUUCUUCCCCUCCUGGGGCUGGGAGGGGCCCCAGCCCCGCUGUGUGAGCCCCAGCUCGGGGCAGGGCUGUGCUGCAGCCCCCCUGUCCCUGCUGCUCCCGCUCCUCUGUAAGGAUUUGGUCUGUGCAUGUCCACGUGUGUCUGACCCCCCCAGCAGUGACCCCGGCCCCAGGGGGGCACAGGGCAGCCCCCCCUGCUCCCAGCAGGGCAGGGAGUCCUGGGGGCCUUUCCUGCUGUCCCCACCCCAGGGGACCAGGGUCACAUCCUGGGGACACCCUCAGAUGGAUUGAAACGUGUUCUGUCAGCUGGGACAACUCGCUAGGUCUUUUUUUUUUUUUUUUUUUUUUUUUUUUGUAAUGGUUUCUCCUGGUUUUUAGGGGAAAAAAAAGUGAUGACCCACAAUUCUUGACUUGUAUCUCUGAAUGAAAGUAUUAAAUGUUUUCUUCUUUCUAA